AUGUCUGUUACAUUGCAUACGACCCAAGGCGACCUCAAGGUUGAGCUUUUUUGCGAAGCAGUGCCGCAGACCACAGAGAACUUUUUGGCACUGUGUGCAUCCGGUGCCUACAAUGAUACCCCCUUCCAUCGCCUCAUUCCUGGGUUCAUGAUCCAGGGUGGAGAUAUUUCCCUCGGCCCCAUCGCGAAAGAAACAUCCACAAAACCUAUGCUUGAUUUCGAGAUCCCUAAAGGGGGCACAUCCAUCUACCACCCUGCAGCAAUGAACCAAGAAAUUCAUCUGCCUUCUCUUCGUCACAAUGCACGAGGUAUUCUAUCGAUGGCCUCGCGCCCAGUCAAGGACCGGACGGCGCCCGGAUCGCAAGGCGCAACUGGCGCGACUAUCAACGGCAGUCAAUUCUUUAUCUCCUUUGUCCCCGCGCCGCAUCUCGAUGGCGCCAGCACUGUAUUUGGAAAAGUGUUGAAUUUGACGGCUCAGGACGAGGGCGGUGACAUCUUGACGAAGCUCGAGAAGGCAAAUGUCAAAGUUGACAAGAAGGGCAAGGUCUCUCAACCGAAGGAGGGCGAUGACUUCGAAUCAUUCAAGAUCAACCGUGUCACAAUCCAUGCCAAUCCUUUUGCGAAGUGA